AUGUCGUACCACACUGGUCGCAUAUCCCCUAGACCUUCUGAUCCAGCCCAGCUCAAUACACACCGACCAUCCAAUUUCUCCGCCAAGGGCCAGAAACCCUCGAGCCUCAGUCGUGCAGUACAAACCCUCUUGAGUACCCCGCAGUCUGCAAGGAGUGCGGGCACUGGUUUCGGCGGGACUGACAAGCCUCUGAGACGUGGGAGUCGCAGUCCAGUCGAGCCCCUGGUAUCUUCGCCGCUGCGCAUCAGCUCUUCCGUCAUGGCCUCUGCUCCAAGUUCCCCGGAGAGGCCGAAAUCUGACCCCGACCACACCCCCGGAGAUCAGCCGGUUAUGGACAAAGAUGAUGAUGCAAAGUCGGAGGUCUCGAUCGAGCAGGCGGGGUUGAAGAGACAUUCACGGGAUAAAAUUCAAGGGAAGCGCGGGAUGGCGGCUAUGAUGUCCGGGUUGGAAUCAAGACUGUUUCCCCGGAGUUUCUCGCGUGGAAGAGAGUCGAGUGGAAGCUCGGCGCGACGUGGUUCUUCUUUGGACUCUAGACCUCCCUCUUCAUCCCAACCUGGUCGUCCAACCUCCCCCUCCCAUCGUCUACAACAAUCUGGUCCGAAACCAACCUUCAGCAACACUGAAAAAGGAAAAACCCUCAAGAUGGAUGAUUCUCACAAUCAGUCUGAUGAGGUCCUGUCCAAGCCCUCUGGUCGUCUUCCGGACUACGUGAAGCCCACCGACCAGGAAGAAGCUGGCGUGCGCUUGGCCAAGGACGUCUUUGAUCGUGACAAGAACAUGAUCGAAAGUAGCGACGAGGAUAGUGACAAGUCCUUCAGCGAGGAUGACAAUGUUGGAUUGGGCCAGUGGCGGGGUCGCAAGAAGAAGGACUUAGACAUCAGCUCCAUCACCCCCAGCGAUUUUAUCAAACCAAAGGAGAACAAGACCCCACCACCCGAUGAUAAAAAACCAUCCAAGAACGUCAGCUUUCAGGAAAAGGACAAGAAGCCCCGGAAGUCAGCCUUGAAGUCCGUCAUUCACCCCCAGACGAGCUUCGACAUCCCUACCCCGCACUCGCAGUCUGCUGCUGGCACUCCUUAUGGAUCAGAAGAUGAGGCCGAGAAGGAAGAUGUUCACAAAGCCCAGCAGCUUAGCAUUUUCAUGUCUACCAUCGACAACCGUGUUCCUAACCGGUCAAUCCGCACGAUCGUCCGCGAGAACUUCGCAAGUAUGCAAGAAGAAGCCGACGGCGGUCGCCGACGUCAGCGGAAGUAUCUGGUUGCACUUGACCUGAGUGACGAAUCAGUAUACGCUCUCGAAUGGACCAUAGGUGCAGUUCUUCGAAACGGAGACACUUUGUAUGCCAUUUACGCUAUGCACGAGGAUGGCAUUACCUCCUCUGUGCAGGUUGGCGAGGGAGCCAAGGCCAUGAAAGACGCCAACGCCGUUGUUGGCUCCCAAACAAAGGAAGUCAGCCAGGGCCAUAAUGUCGCAUCCCGCAAUAUCCUGGGCCGACUGGGACCGGUGACUACCAGCAAGUCAAGCUCUGCCGACUCUCGUGCUUCUCCUGUAGCAGAGGCGGAGCGGGUCAGAGCUGCCGAGUCCAUCUCCAAGACCUGCAUUCACCUGCUGCGCAAGACCCUUCUUCAAGUUCGCAUUGCCGUGGAGGUGAUUCACUGCAAGAGCCCCAAGCUCAUGGUUACCGAAGCUAUUGAUGAGCUUGAACCCACUAUGGUGGUAGUUGGAGCUCGUGGCCAGAGUGCUCUGAAGGGUGUUCUUCUCGGAUCCUUCUCCAACUAUCUGCUAUCAAACUCCUCUGUUCCGGUGAUGGUCGCACGCCGCAAACUCAAGCGUCUUCCAUCUAAAGGAUCCGCAGCCUCAAAAAUUCGCUUGUCUAACAACCUCCCAACUCCCAAGAGUCUUAUCGACGCUAAAGUGGACUAA